GUUAGGCUGGACUUGGGAGGUGUCCCUUCCGCUGGCCAGCCGUUUUCUGCUCUCUCGCUCACGUUGCCUCCUGCAUCAUUUCCUCCAGUGUGUGAGCAGCGGGACUUACAGUUGUUCUCGCCUGCCAGUCUCUUCCAAGGGAUAAGUGUUUCCCCUACUUGACUUUCGGGGGUGAUGGGGUACAGGGGAGCUUCUUGGGGAACAUCUCUAACUCUGUGAAGCUGGUGAUGCUACCUGCCAGGGCACUCUCUUAGCCCGAAACGUACAAGUUAGAGCAGGAGAACAAGAAGGGAUAGUAAAGGGCUGCUGUUCUCUUUCACCUUCUGUGCUUCAUCACUGGGGUCCUCCUCAAGGAGCUCUUAGAGGGAAGUUUGCGGACAGAGGGUUUGAAGGAGGGUGAGAGUCCACUUGGCAACAGAGUGAAAGAAAAUGUCUUUAUUUAAAGCCCGUGAUUGGUGGUCUACUGUUCUGGGGGAAAAAGAAGAAUUUGAUCAAGGCUGUUUGUGUUUGGCUGAUGUUGAUAAUAGUGGAAGUGGACAAGAUAAAAUAAUUGUGGGUAGCUUUAUGGGAUACCUAAGAAUCUUUAACCCUCAUCCUGUAAAAACAGGAGAUGGAGCUCAAGCUGAAGAUUUGCUCCUGGAAGUCGAUCUACGAGAUCCCAUACUUCAAGUGGAAGUAGGAAAGUUUGUUUCAGGUACUGAAAUGCUUCAUUUGGCUGUGUUGCAUUCUAGAAAACUUUGUGUCUACUCUAUCUCAGGAACAUUGGGUAAUGUGGAACAUGGGAACCAAUAUCAGCUUAAAUUAAUGUAUGAACAUAAUCUUCAAAGAACAGCCUGCAAUAUGACUUAUGGAUCAUUUGGUGGGGUAAAAGGUCGAGAUUUGAUUUGUAUCCAGUCUAUGGAUGGGAUGUUGAUGGUGUUUGAGCAGGAGAGCUAUGCUUUUGGGAGAUUUCUGCCUGGUUCUCUUCUGCCUGGCCCUCUUGCUUACAGUUCCCGUACAGAUUCCUUCAUUACUGUCUCUUCCUGCAGACAAGUGGAAAGUUACAAGUACCAAGUACUUGCUUUUGCAACAGAUGCAGAUAAAAGGCAGGAGACUGAACAGCAAAAACUUGGUUCUGGAAAAAGACUAGUUGUGGAUUGGGCUCUAAAUAUUGGCGAGCAAGCCCUUGAUAUAUGUAUUGUUUCUUUCAAUCAGUCAGCAUCUUCUGUUUUUGUUCUGGGUGAGAGAAACUUUUUUUGUCUUAAGGAUAAUGGACAAAUUCGAUUCAUGAAGAAGCUUGAUUGUAGCCCGAGUUGUUUUCUCCCAUAUUGCUCAGUUUCUGAAGGAACAAUAAAUACUUUGAUUGGAAACCAUAAAAACAUGUUGCAUGUUUAUCAGGAUGUGACACUGAAGUGGGCUACUCAGCUUCCCCAUAUUCCUGUGGCAGUAAGAGUGGGCUGUUUUCAGAACUUAAAGGGAGUGAUAGUCACCCUCAGUGAUGAUGGUCGCUUGCAGUGCUCAUACCUGGGGACAGACCCUUCUCUGUUCCAAGCUCCAAAAGUUGAAUCUAGAGAAUUAAACUAUGAUGAACUUGAUGUAGAAUUGAAAGAACUUCAGAGAAUUAUCAAAGUUGUUAAAUCACAAGGUAUUUGGCCCAUGCCUGAGAAAGAAGAUGACUUAAAAGUUUAUGCCAUGGUUUCUUCUAACUUUGAUCCAGUCUCUCAAGCCACUGAUGUUGAAAUCGGAACUGAUGUUGUCCCUUCCAUCACAGUGCAGGUCACACUGCAGAAUCGAAUUGUAUUGCCAAAAGUCAAAUUAUCCAUCUAUGUUCAGCCACCAUUAGUAUUGACUUGUGAUCAAUUUACCUUUGAAUUUCUGGCACCAGAGAUGAUUAGCACAGUAUCCUUUUCUGUUUAUUUGAAAAGAAGUUAUACACCAUCUGAUUUGGAAGGAAAUGCUGUUGUUUCUUAUUCUAAACCUACAGGCACUCCUCGAGUUGUCCAGUGUAAAUUUAGACUUCCUCUGAAAUUAAUCUGCUUACCAGGUCAGCCUUCAAAAACUGCAAACCACAAACUAACUAUUGAUACCAACCAAUCUCCAGUCAGUCUUCCCAGUCUCUUCCCAGGUUUUGCCAAUCAGUCAGAUGAUGAUCAGAUCAAUGUAAUGGGUUUUCGAUUCUUAGGUGGCUCCCGAGUUACUCUUCUUGCUUCCAAAACCUCUCAACGAUAUCGCAUUCAGAGUGAACAAUUUGAAGAUCUUUGGCUCAUAACAAAUGAACUUAUUCUCCGCCUUCAGAAAUAUUUUGAAAAACAGGGAAUCAAAGAUUUUGCAUCUUCUUUUUCCGGAUCCAUACCCCUUCAAGAAUAUUUCGAGUUGAUUGAUCAUCAUUUUGAGCUACGGAUAAAUGGCGAAAAAUUAGAAGAACUCUUAUCUGAAAGAGCUGUACAAUUUCGGGCCAUCCAACGCCGGCUAUUAACAAGGUUCAAAGAUAAAACACCCGCCCCCCUUCAACACCUGGAUGUCUUGCUAGAUGGAACCUACAAGCAGGUAAUAGCUCUAGCAGAUGCUGUUGAGGAAAACCAAGGCAAUCUGUUCCAGGCAUUCACCAAGCUGAAAAGUGCUACCCAUUUGAUGAUUCUGCUGAUCGGGCUGUGGCAGAAGCUUAGUGCUGACCAGAUUGCUAUUCUGGAAGCAGCAUUUCUGCCACUACAGGAAGACAUGCAAGAAUUGGGUUGGGAAGAAACGGUGGAUGCUGCCAUUUCUCACUUAUUGAAGACCUGCCUAUCAAAGAGUUCAAAGGAACAGGCUUUGAACCUCAACAGCCAGCUGAACAUACCUAAAGACACAAGCCGACUGAAAAAACACAUUACCUUGCUUUGCGAUAGAUUAGCCAAAGGUGGCCGUCUCUGCUUAAGUAAUGAUGCUGCAGCCCCACAGACUAUGGUCAUGCCAGGUGGCUGUACUCCAAUUCCAGAAUCAGACCUAGAGGAGAGAUCAGUAGAACAAGACUCCACGGAGUUGUUUACCAACCACAGGCACCUCAUUGCAGAGACUCCUGUGCCUGAAGUUUCAGCUCUCCAAGGAGUUUCAGAAUAGUCCACUCAGAGUUGUGUGGCUGAGAGGAAGAUGCCUCCCAAGGCCUACCCUAUGUGUACCGCAUGUUCAGCAUAGAUGUGGAGCUGGCCCAGGUGCUAUGUAAAGCUCAACCCUGGACAGGACACUGAAUGGAGAUGGGGAUGGGGCUUCUCAUUAUUCUGGAGGACUUGGAAUACCAUGCAAGUCAGCUGGAAGACAAGAUUUGUGUAUUCUUGCAGGGAAAGGCUACUACUGCCCUUAGCCAUCUGUAUGCCUAUAAUCACAUGACAUAGCGAGAUGAUAUAGUGUGGGAACAGACUUCAUAAUACAGAGAUCCACAGUCAAAAUAAUUUGAUACCCCAUUUUUUUUUCACAGAGUUCUUAUAUAGUAAAUGUAUCAAGUU